AUCAUCAAUCUUCAGUAACUCGUUUGCGUCGUAUCAGUAGAACGUGUUGCUAUUGAUGUAUCCUUCAGUGAAGCAAUCAAAGUAUAUUUAAGUUCCAUCUACUUAAUCAUAAGCUCUGUAUUUAUAAGUCAAAACAGUUGUGUAGUGUUUAAGUUUUAUCAAAAAAUGUCAAGUUUUAAGCAAACGCCCUUAACCUGUAGUGGACACACUAGACCUGUCGUACAUCUGGAUUUCAGUGAUAUCACCGAUUGUGGAUAUUUUUUAAUUUCUGCAUGUAAAGAUGGAAAACCUAUGUUAAGACAAGGAGACACUGGAGAUUGGAUUGGUACUUUUGAAGGCCACAAAGGUGCUGUUUGGGGGGUAGCCUUGAACAAAGAAGCAACAGUAGCUGCAAGUGGUGCUGCAGAUUUUGAAGCUAAGAUAUGGGAUGCCAACACUGGAGGUGAAAUUCAAUCAUUCCAACACAAACAUAUAGUUAAAAGUGUAAAUUUUUCAAGAGAUAGCAUUUUUCUUGCUACAGGCUCUAAUGAAAAGCUACUCAGAAUUUUUGAUCUCAAUAAACCAUCUGAACCUGUUACUAUAUUUAAUGGCCAUACAUCAGGUAUAAAACAUGUCAUGUUUUUUCAAAAUGAUAGAAGAAUUAUUUCAUGUGCUGAUGAUAAGACUGUCAGAAUCUGGGAUCCUUUAUCUGGACAAGAAAUACAUAAAAUGGAGUUUAAUGCCGUACCAACCAGUCUAGAGGUUUCAAGAGAUGAAUCGAUUGUUACUAUUGCUCAUGGUAGCUGUGUUAGUUUUUGGAAUGCUGAAAGUUUAACCAAAGUUAAUGAAGUAACUGUGCCUACCCUUGUAAACACUGCAUCAUUACAUAGAGAUAAAACUAUGUUUGUAUGUGGAGGCGAAGAUCUUAAAAUGUAUAAAUUUGAUUAUACUACUGGCAAAGAAAUAGAAUCGUUCAAAGGCCAUUUUGGACCAGUGCAUUGUGUUCGUUUCUCUCCAGAUGGUGAACUUUAUGCAUCAGGCUCUGAAGAUGGUACCCUUCGCUUGUGGCAAACUACUAUUGGUAAAACCUAUGGUUUAUGGAAAUGUGUGGAUAAAGUGAAUACUCAACAAGAUAUUCACCAACAAGAAAUUACAGCUAUUUAAACAAAGUGACUAACAAUGAAUUCCUUAAAAAAAUAAAUAUAAAUAGUGAUAAAUUUAA